AUGGAGAAGCAUUGCCGAUGUCCAUUCACUGCAAAUGCGGAGAAACUGUCUUUGUACAUCGGUAUUCUGAACUUUAUAUUAGCAUCUCUAUCAAUCCUGGGCUGCAUAACAGCCAGCAAGUACAAUGUGAACAUAAUAUCUCCAAUAUUUUCGCCAAAUGAUCAAUUCUUUACUCCGGAAUUUGCGGAAGUGGUCGGACGUCGAAUAUUGUUGUUCGCUUCUGUUUUGACUCUCAUGUUCUCUGCUCUCCUGGUACUUGGUGUUCGAAGGCAAAGAUCGUGCGGCGCUAAGGCUUUCUUCCUUCAUGGGGUGAUGACACUGGCUCUGUGCAUAGCAUUCACAGCUUUGUGUGUGAUCACCGCCUUUCUAGACAGCGAUUUCAUCAGAAUCGUGCCACACAUUAUAUUCAUCUUUUUAUACAUUUUCUAUGGCCUGGAACUGGCAGUGGUGCACCGUGCCUUCCUGAACAUCGACCAGUCAAACAUCUACCAACCGCUCACUUCGCGCUCGAAACUUAUAGAUAACUAAUAAAGAAUUUGUAUAAGUUUUUAUAAAUUUUCUACGUUAUUUGUGCUGGGUGGCGGUAGUGAACAAAAUAUUGUGUACAUUAUUAAAUUCUUUGUUCAUGCAAAAUCAUCUUGUCAUGAUUUUUCCUA